UUGAUUCUUGAGAUUAAUGAACUGCGGUAUAGAAUGACAGACCUGGAGGGUGAAAAACUGCAGUAUGAAAAGAAACUCAAAUCCACCAAGUUGCUAAUGGCCAAGCUUUCUAGCCUGAAAAUCAAAAUGGGCCAGAUGCAGUAUGAGAAACAGAGGAAGGAGCACAAAGUCCAGGCCAUGAAGGAGGAGCUAGCCAUACUGAGGAGGCAGCUGGAGGGCAGAGACGGAGAAAUGAGGCGACUACAGGACGAGACAGGUUUCAAAGCCAUCGCCUCGAGCAGCUCCGACCCCACAGAGAGAGGUGGGACAGAAUCACAAGCCUCGCUGAGGAUGCGUGAUGUUUAAACUCAUGUUCAACUUUGUCAUAUGAUUAAGUCUUAAAGGUCACCUUUUAUGCAAAAUCCACUUUUCAUGUCUUUUGU